GCCGUGUGCAAGACUUAUUGCAGCGACAAUGGGAACUCAGGGCCCAUGUUCCAGGCGCCAUCUGUGACGCCCGCGGGCGUGACCGGAAUGCAUUGGGCGCGUCAGCCGAACAACAAUGCUGAUGCAACUUGCGGAUGCAUUGUCCGCAGCGUCGACGGCGGCGUGGGAAAGUUCUGGACAUCUGUGCUUUGGUGCUCGACCGAGUGUUCGGCUGGAUCCGAGACCAAUUUCGGCUCCACGACACCGGAGUCGCCAACGAACAUAGGUGAACUAUGGUAUGUGGCGCAUGGAUGUCCCAGGAAUGGUCACACUGAGGUAUGCGUGCGCGCCAGAUACUUCUUCCAGACGCCCAGCCCGACGCCCUACCCGACGUCGAGCCCGACGCCCACCCCCCCGACGCCCAGCCCGACGUUAAGCCCGACGACGCCCAGCCCGACGCCAAGUCCGCCGACGCCCAGCCCGACGCCCUACCCGCCCGACCCGUCUGGUGGGUGCCAGAAGUGGGACUUGAGUGGCUGGUAUGCCGGUACGUAUACUACGGUGUUGCAGCCAUGGAGUUCGCCGAAUGGGAAUGCCUGGGCGUGGGCUCAGUGCGCAGCGGCAUGCGCUAUGUCUGCUACGUGCGAGUUCUGGACGCUGCAUCUCAAUGGUAACCAGAAUUGCCUGUUAAUGUCUAACAUUGGCGACUAUAAGGACGUGGGGGGGCAUUAUUCAGGCGUGAAGAUGACAGGCUGCGCGCCGACGCCCUCCCCGACGCCCAACCCCGCGCCCAGCCCCGCGCCCAGCCCGACGCCCGGCCCGACGCCAAGUCCGCCGACGCUCAGCCCGACGACAAGCACGACGCCCAGCCCGACGUUAAGCCCGACGACGCCCAGCCCGACGCCAAGUCCGCCGACGCUCAGCCCGACGACAAGCCCGACGCCCAGCCCGACGUUAAGCCCGAAGACGCCCAGCCCGACGCCAAGUCCGCCGACGCUCAGCCCGACGACAAGCCCGACGCCCAGCCCGACGUUAAGCCCGACGACGCCCAGCCCGACGCCAAGUCCGCCGACGCUCAGCCCGACGACAAGCCCGACGCCCAGCCCGACGUUAAGCCCGAC